AUGAGUGAACCAACUUAUAUUCUUAGCACCGUACCGCCAUACUCCAGCGGACAAAAUGCUACGAUUCCCCAGAUUGCAGCAGCUCCCUACAGAUAUUUCCAGGGCGCCGACCUCGCCUGGAUGAUGAUGUCCAGUGCCCUUGUUCUUCUGAUGAUACCGGGAAUCGCUCUCUUCUAUUCAGGCGUCUCCAAAAGCCGGUUUGCACUCUCACAGGCCUGGCUGCCCAUCAUGAGUACCGCCAUAGUGGGACUUGAGUGGUAUCUCUGGGGCUAUUCGAUCGCCUUCUCAAACUCGCCUUCCUCCCGCGUCUUCUGGGGAAGCACAGAUGGCAUCGCCCUCCACAACGUACUUUUCCGUCCAGUACGCUCAAGUGGGGAUCUGCAAACCGAGAGUCCCGUGAUUCCAGAACUGGUCUAUGCCCUUUUCCAGGGCAUGUUCGCAUGCUUUACAGCGUCUUUGGUCAGCGGUGCGGCAAUCUGCAAAGAUCGUCCCGGCCAUUUUCUGGUCUUUAUCCUCCUUUGGACCACAUUCGUUUACAAUCCGAUUGCGCGAUGGACAUGGAACCCUGAAGGAUGGUCGCACAGGAUAGGCGCCCUUGACUUUGCUGGAGGUACAGCAGUGCAUAUUUGCGCCGGCGCGACCGUGCUUGCACAUUCGGUAUAUCACCGUUGCCUUCCCAAGGUAGAGGAGUUUUUAGAGCGAAUCCUCGGCGGACCCAGAGAUCCGGCAGGGCCGCCAACGAACAGUUCGAAUAGUGUCUCUGCGGACCGGACAUUAGGCUCCGCACAUCCCCGUGAAGCAGAUCAACCGGGACAGGACCCCUCACACAACGUGGAAAACGUUUUACUUGGUACUCUCCUACUCUGGAUUGGUUGGUUUGGCUUCAACGGCGGUUCUGCCCUAGGGGCCAACCUCAGAGCAGUCUCCGCAUGUGUUUCAACUCAUCUCUCCGCUUGCGCUGGGGGUGUUACUCUAUGCAUCCUACAGUUACUCCGGGGACCCGUCGCGCCUGGCCGUGCCAGAGACCGUACCGAGGAUGCCAGCGUUUUCAUGUGGUCAAUAGUCGAGUUCUGUAAUGGCGCAGUCGUUGGUCUGAUUUGUAUUACUCCAGCUGCUGGCUACGUUCCGCAUCAAAUCUCCCCAGUUUUCGGUAUCAUUGGCGCUUUGAUCUGCUCGCAUAUGACGUUCGUCAGCGUAAAGCUUGGUGAUACCCAUGGGAUUAUCGUUUACCACGGUGUCGGAGGUUUGAUAGGCAUGUUCCUGACCGGCUGCUUCGCGAGAAAGAACGUCGCGCAUCUUGAUGGGUUCACCAAUAUCAAUGGUGGCGGAUGGGAUGGGCACUGGAUAACACUGGGUUGGCAAAUAGCCGAUGCUCUUGCUGGUAUGGGGUGGGCCUUUACCAUUACUCUUGUCAUUCUUCUUCUGCUCGAACCUUUUAUGUAUCUCUCGAGGAGCAAGCGAGCUCGCUAUCCAAUAGUGCAAGGGGACAAGCUUACGGAUGAGUGGACCAUACAGGAGGCAGUGGAAAUGUCUGAAGUUCCCUCAAGGCGGACUCUUCCCCGCUAA